AUUUUCGUUUCGUAAAUGCCUCAAGCGCAGAGUAGUCUCCUUCAUCCAUCUUGUCCCAAAUCGCCUCUAUUCUUUUCCUCCGCUCCAGAGCGGUCUCUCUGUUCUUGCUGCUCUUCUUCGUCCUUUCGCCAGACAAGCACUUGUUCACUUCUCGUUUUAUAUCGUUGCAACCGCCUAUCGCUUUGUAGAGGAAGCCGCGGGCGUGACACUCAUCGAGAGCGUUCAUGAUCUCUUCGCAAUCUGAUCUCUGGUCAGUGACUGGCCUAUAGUACACCUUCUUGACUGUUCAGGCGUUAUAGGACGCCAUUGCACACGCAACCAGGCAUACAAUGCCAAUAAUGAGUCGUGCGCAUUUCCAUGUAUAGGAUCAUGAGACCGGAAGCUCUUGGUUUGCCACAUACCGACAUUGUCCUUUGUGUGCAGAUGGGAAUGCAUUUUCGUGGAGACUCGCCUCCAAUACUGAUCGUGCGGCUCGAGCCACGCCCACAUGGGUCAAGAGAAGUGCGUUGUUGUAAGGAUGUUGGCGAUGGAUGGGAUGGUAGCGGAAGGCAUCUUCAGCGUUGAAAGCCGCAUGCUGUGGAACCAAUGAAUGAAGCCAAGAGCUAGCCUCGUGCCGAUCAUGCGCAGCCUUGCAGGUGCCCCUCACCGCCCGCGCCAUAAAAUAGAUUCUGCCGCUUUUUUUCUGGAGGCCCUUCGAAAAGGCCUCGCCUCAUUGUUUGGGGCUAGAUUGAAAUCAACUACCAACUCGCAAAGAUGUCGAUGACUUUGGCCACUACUUGGGUCCGAAGGGGAGUCGCGGCUCAAUUCCCUACGAGAUAUCAGGUAGACGAGGCAGAGCUGGAUCGCAUCUCCAGGCUAGCCCGCCUGCAACUCCAAGAUGCACAAGAAGAUCUAGAGAGGGCUCAAAACUCGAAAGAGGAGGAUGAGGAGUCCCAAGAUACGGAUUCAAAUAACGGCGUGUCCACAAUGGAAGUCUCAAAGACUACAGAGGCCAAUGCAGACGACGACGACGAUCUAAAAGAGUACAAUCUCGAAGAUUACGAUAACGACGAACCGGAUGAACAAAAUCAGAAAUUUGCCAUGUUUGGAAAUGUUGGUUCGUUAGCAUAUCAUGCGCCCGAAGAGGAAGAUCCGUAUCUGGUGCUACCAGAAGGCGAGCAAGAAUCAGAGGACGAGAGAGAAGAGCUGCAGAUCCUGCCGUCAGACAAUCUCAUUCUGGCUGCUAAAGUCGAAGAUGAGGUAGCCCACCUCGAAGUGUCUGUAUAUGAAGAUGAUGCAGAUAAUCUGUAUGUUCACCACGACAUCAUGCUUCCUGCCAUUCCCUUAUGCGUGGAAUGGAUCAACGUACCCGUAGGGAAGGAGGCCGAGAAGCGGAGAGAUGGAAACUUUGUGGCUGUCGGUACCAUGAGUCCCGAGAUAGAGGUCUGGGACUUGGACGUCGUAGACAGCAUGUAUCCCAACGCCAUUCUCGGUCAGGAACCACAGACAGCAGCUGAGGGAGAUACAACCGCCAAGGACUUGAAGAAAAAGAAGUCGUCCAAGAAAAAGAAGAAGCCGAAGGCCAAUGACGAAUAUCAUGUGGACGCCGUCCUUGCUCUCGCCGCAAAUCGACAACACCGGAAUUUACUUGCCUCGGCGUCAGCAGACAAAACAGUCAAACUAUGGGACUUGAACACCGGAAAAUGUGCCAAGUCGUAUCCAAUGCAUACUGACAAGGUAUGUGCUUUGGACUGGCACCCAACAGAGUCUACGGUGCUUUUGAGUGGCAGCUAUGAUCGUACAGUAGUUGCCACCGACAUGCGAGCACCUGAUGCGGUCGCCCCAAGGUGGGUGGUAGAAGCUGAUGUUGAGAAAGUCAAGUGGGAUGUCCAUGAUUCCAACUUUUUCUUCGUCACCACCGAUGCCGGGACGGUACAUUACUUUGACGCCCGGGUGAUACCAGAGACGCAUGACAAGCCAAGCAAGGCGAAGUGGACAUUGCAAGCCCAUGAUGGAGCAGUGAGUGCAUUCGACAUAAAUCCGGCUGUACCUGGCUUGAUUGCGACAGGGUCAGAGGACAAGAAAGUCAAGUUAUGGAAUAUCGACAACAACAUUCCUAGUAUGAUUGUGGCGAGAAAUCUAGAUGUUGGCCGAAUAUUUUCUGUACAAUUCGCACCUGAUCCAGAAGUUGCCUUCAGACUUUCAGUAGCUGGUAGUAGAGGCCAGUUGCAGGUGUGGGAUAUCAGUACGAACCCAGGUGUGCGCAAAGCUCUCUCUGGAAAAGUCAAGUUGCCCGAAACUGAGGGCAAGGAGAGGUUCAUUGCCAUCAAUGAUAGUAGCGAUGAGAGCGAUGACGAUGAGACAGGAGCAGAGGGACAAGAUGGUUGGGAGUCUAUGGAUGAAGACUGAGCACCUUGUGGUCAGACGGGUCCAUCAUGACCAACAAGGGACUUUUAGCUUCUUUCCACGUUCAUGAGCUCUUCACAUAGACAAUUUACACGAGGUUGGUAGCGGUCAAGGCACAGAAUAGCAUGAGCGGCGAGUCAAAACACCCCAAAUUUGUCCCACUCACAUUCUAUGUUUUGGACAUGCCGGAAAAGGGACACAAAGAGCAGCACCCUUCUCAAGCCAAGACACACAGAGACAAUGCGGCAAAAACCAGUUCCUUUUCAACUUAUGAGUUGUGUAGGUGGCAUACGCUGUAGUCUGUUAACUAUGGGACCCAAGUCGGGAUCUGUGUACGAAAUACGGAGUAGGUCCUCUGGUGGAGGCAGCCGGUGACCUGUUAUUAUAGCAUUGUAUCAAAGUGCCACUUCUCACCUUCCAAAGUUGUAUGAAAAGCGAAGUGAUACUCACAGUCAAGCAAUUCCCAAAAGAGUUGUUAAAC